AUGGGUGGCAGACCCAUCAUUGCGAUUGUCGGUCCCACAGGCGUUGGGAAGACGAAGCUUGGAAUCGCACUCGCUAAAGCCAUGAACGGCGAGGUCAUCUCCGUGGACAGUCUGCAAACAUAUCGACAUGGGGGUAUUAUGACGGCAAAGCCUACUACCCAGGAAAUGGACGGUGUCAAGCACCAUCUGAUAGACUAUCUGCAGCCCGACCAAGAACCAUCUGCCUUUGUUGACCUUGCUAUCUUAAGAAUCCAGCGAAUCCAGGACGGCGGCAAGAUCCCUCUGCUGGUCGGUGGAUCCAUCUCGUUGACGGAGCCCCUCCUCUCGCACCCUUUCAUCCAGCGCAGCGAUCUAUCGGUCAUCUUUCUCGAUUCUGACAUGUCGCUUUUGAAACCUCGGCUGGACAAACGGGUAGAUCAGAUGGUGGAGGAAGGUCUCAUCGAAGAAGUACGCGAACUUUACGAACUGGAACAAAGCAUGCUGGGCUGCCCAGACUUCUCGAGGGGUGUCUGGAAAGCGAUCGGAUACCCGGAAUUGCGACUAGCGGUUGCGGAGUGCGAUGAAAGCAGCAAACAGAUUCAUCUCAAGAGUGGAAUAGCAGAGAUGAAGGAACACACGGCUUCGUAUGCGCAGGACCAGAUCGACAGGAUACGGUGUAUCAUGAACGAAAUCGACGCUCGCAUAUCACAGGGUGAGCUCUCAACGCCGUUCGAGGAGCAUUACCCAGAACCACCAGACUACUUUAGCCAGGAAGACUUCCAUGCGGCCUACGACCAUGAGAAUUUCUUGGAGAUGCUUGCCAAAUCGCCGAAAAAGGACGUCGAAAGGUGGUUCAAAAACCUGAAACGAAGAGAAAAGUGGGACCUGAGAGAAAAGGCGUCCAAAACGGGGAGGUUCUGGCGGCAGCAUCCUGGCUUUCGCGCCCGCUACUUUCCCAACGCUGGGUCGAGCAUCGAACAAUAUAUCAGCUGUUUACUUUUCGGGACGUUCAGCGAAUGUCCAUCGCAUAUUUCACAGGAGGAAUCCGUGACGCAAACCGAGCUGUUGCCUGACGUCGCAAAAGGUAGAUCUUUAAUUCAGGAUACAAAGCUCUGUACACCCGUUGAAGUCAGCCCAGUUGGCACGCAUACAGAUUUCCUGGAAGCCGGAGUAUACUACAACUCGUAUGAUGCUGAUCCACCCCUCUACGAACCGUAG